AUGGCGCUCACCAACACAUCUGCUAUCAAUGCAACGAUGCGAGCUGUUGUCUGGCAAGGGAAUGCAUAUGACGUUGCUGUGGUGGACCUGCCAAGGCCUACCAUCAUAAACCAGACGGAUGUCAUCGUUCGGAUGUCUAGAGCAGCUAUCUGCGGAUCAGAUUUGCACAUUUAUCGAGGAACGUCUGGCGGAAUGCCGGCUCCAUUUGGCCUCGGGCAUGAAGGAUUUGGGUAUGUAUCUGAUGUGGGAUCUGGUGUUGACUUUCUCAAGAUUGGCGAUCCUGUGAUCGUCCCUUUCACCGUUGAUGAAGGCCAUCUGCACACCGGGCUCACUACGGGUUUGUACGGUGCGUUUGGGAAUGGAGGCGACCUGGGUGGCACGCAGGCCGAAUAUUUGCGUGUACCAUUCGGAGAUAAUGGGCUCAUACCUGUUCCAACCCUCAAUUACACCGAUCCCAGCACCAAUGACUCCAUUUCGCUGUUGAACGAUUAUGUUAUGCUAUCCGAUAUCUUUGGAACUGGUUGGACGUCCCUCGACUACGCCGGGUUCGAAGCAGGUGACACGGUCGCUGUAUUUGGAGCCGGUCCAGUUGGACUGAUGGCUGCAUAUUCGGCCAUCUUGCGAGGUGCAUCGACUGUCUAUAGUGUGGACUACAUUCCCGAGCGACUACAGCUUGCUGAAUCCAUCGGAGCUAUCCCUAUCAAUUUCCGCGAUGCCGACCCGGUCGAGCAGAUACUGGCAUUGGAACCAAACGGUGUUACUCGGAGUAUCGAUGCCGUCGGAUACGAGCAGGUGAACCGGAACCUGACCGUGCAAUCAGAUGUUAUCAUCCGUAACAUGCUGGGUGUCACCUCGACUGGCGGCGGAUUGGGUACAGUCGGAGUUUACACACGGGAAUCCAAUAAUACCUCAACUGCACCUCGUGCCUCAACCGUCAAUACUCAUGUCGAUUUCUCACUUGCACAAUUUUUCUAUGGAGAGUUCAGUUGGGGGGCUGGACCAUCGAAGCCUAUUGAACUUGCGCCUGAGCUUCUGCAUCUUAUCACAUCUGGCAAAGCGAGACCUGGGUUCAUCGUGAGCGAUGUCAUUAAUAUUGAGGAAGCUCCGGAGGCAUACGCCAGGUUUGAGAGACACAAUGCCACCAAGUUCAUCAUCGCGUUUGAUUAG